AUGCCCCGAAGCCCACCCACAUCCCACUGGCUCCCUUCAACUGCUCGAGCAGUCCUUGCGUAUUAUCGCAUCGACCUUUCUAACGCUCUGGGCUUGCUUGACGGGCCGUCUUGGAAGCACGGCGAUGUUGGAGGGUGCAAUGCAGUGGGCGAAGACAGCGGAUCCAGCGGUGCCCGUGCGACCGGUCAAGAUGACAUGGGCCAUGAUGGGGGAAAGCCUGAACGGAUAAUGCUGUCAACGGCAAAUGGACCCGUGGCCUGUGUAACGGGACUGGAGUGCUCUGUAGAGUACUUAGUCAUUCUGCUUAUUGCAACUCGGGGUUAA